AAUAAAAUUAGUUAUGAAGUGAGUUUGGAAGGUAGUAUUUUGAUUGGAGGUGUAAGGAUGCAUGAGGUGCCCCAAUACCAUCCAUCUUAUUCUCUUCAAAGCAAACAAACAAAUAAAUAUUCCUAUUUCCAAAACUCCAUUUCGCAAUGAGUUAUUACAACCAGCAGCAACAACCGCCGCCAGUCGGAGUUCCACCGCCGCAAGGUUAUAAGCCGGAGGGGUACGGAAAGGAAGGCUAUCCACCGCCAGGAUACCCGCCGCCGGGAUACCCACCGCCGGGAUAUCUGCCGCAACAAGGCUAUCCUCCGCCGCCCUACCCGGCGCAGGGGUAUCCUCCGCCCUACGCUCCUCAAUACGCUCAGCCUCCGCCCCGUCAACAAAAUUCAACCGGCCCUGGUUGUUUGGAAGGCUGUUUGGCUGCCCUCUGCUGCUGCUGUCUUUUGGAUGCGUGCUUCUGAGAUGAGAUGACAAAUUCAAAACUGUUUGUUUUAGCAUUGGACUCAAUGAAAUUUGUUUCCACUUCUCUCUCCCUCUCUCUUUCCUUUGCUUUUCCUGUUUCUUAAUUUGAUGCUGCUCCUCCAUUACACUUGGACUUGGUUAUCAAAUCACAUCAUGAACAAUGAGAGGAUUCGCUUGGCUAGGGAGUCGUAACAAUACACAAUUCUCACAAGUUGCCUGGUAUAUGAAGAGAAACAUGUUUUGUUAAUAAAAAAACAUUGUUUUGUUUUCUUUUUUUUUUAUCCAAGUGCCAUGUAUGAUACUCAUCAAACAUAUCGUUAUUCUUUCCUGUUGGUUAUAACUUGAUCGGGUAUCAAACUAUCAA